AUCUCCUCCUCUUCCCUUCUAACCCACAAACCCCACUCUUCACUACACUUUUAAACCAACCCUAUGGCCUUUUACUCGCCAUUUUCCCUCCUUCCUCUCUUCUUCCUCUUCCUCCGCUCCACCUUUGCCGACUACGGCGGCUGGCAGAGCGGCCAUGCCACCUUUUACGGUGGCGGUGACGCGUCUGGUACUAUGGGUGGAGCUUGUGGGUAUGGGAACUUGUACAGCCAAGGGUAUGGCACCAACACGGUGGCGCUAAGCACGGCGCUGUUCAACAACGGCCUCAGCUGUGGGGCUUGCUUCGAAAUGACUUGCACAAAUGAUCCCAAAUGGUGCCUGCCCGGAACCAUUAGGGUCACCGCCACCAACUUCUGCCCCCCCAACUUUGCCCUCCCCAACAACAACGGCGGCUGGUGCAACCCUCCUCUCCAGCACUUCGAUAUGGCUGAGCCUGCCUUCCUUCAGAUCGCUCAAUACCGCGCCGGAAUUGUCCCCGUCUCCUUUCGGAGAGUGCCAUGCAUGAAGAAAGGUGGGGUGAGGUUCACAAUUAACGGCCACUCCUACUUUAACCUUGUUUUGAUCACGAACGUGGGUGGCGCUGGUGACGUCCACGCCGUGUCGAUAAAGGGAUCUCGAACUGGAUGGCAAGCGAUGUCUAGAAAUUGGGGUCAAAACUGGCAAAGCAACAACUAUCUCAACGGUCAAGGCCUCUCCUUUCAGGUCACCCUCAGCGAUGGCCGCACUCUCACGGCCUAUAAUCUCGUCCCUUCCAAUUGGCAGUUUGGUCGGACCUAUGAAGGCCCUCAAUUUUAAACACCCAAUCACUAUUAUAACUACUACUUCAAAAACAAACACACAAACACAAACAAAGAGAACGAGAUCGAAGAUCGAGGACCGAAAGUCGGAGAAUUUCGCUUUCUUUUUCAAGUUUUUAUUGAAAAAGAAAGAACAUUUCGAUUUGGUGUUUUUUUUUUUAGCUUGAUUGUGUGGUGUUGUUCUAAAGAGGUGUUGGGAGAGUGGUGGGGAUUAUGAUGGUAGAGAUAGGGAGGGAUUAUGGAGGGAGUUGUGUUUGAAAAUGGCCAUAAUAAUGGCACCUUUGUUGCUGUGGUGUUAUAAUCUGGCACCCGCUAGGCUUUCAAAUUUAUAUAUGAUAUGAUAUGAUACAUAUAACGAUAAUGAUUA